AGCCAAUGAGAAACGAGCCUUUGUUAAGCCGUCCGCGCAAUUUACGCAAAAGCCUCCUUUCGCGCGGCAGGGGAAGACGGGGUCCAUGUAGCGUCCAUUUGUAAGGGAAGCUGAAGAACGGAUAAUAACAAAAAAUACAAGUUUAUGUACAAUGAGUGGACAUGGUAGAAGAGCCCACAAAAGGAAAGUGGAGGAACUACAGGAUGAAGAUCACAGAUCCAGCAGUGUGGCAAGAGAAGACAGAAAUGCCAGUGACGUUCCAGAGAUUCCUACAAUACUAACACUAACAAAGGAUGACUUCACAAGAUUAGACACUUUGAAGUUAGAUGAGUGUGAGGAAGAAGACACCAGUGAAGUGUCUCAAGAGGAAGUCCAUGAGGAUGGGACUAUUAGCCAGGGCACCAUGUGGAGAGGGGAUGCAGUAGAGACCCUGGACACAACACAGGUAUUCUUAAGAUGCAGAAGAGAGUCAAACAAUGAAAACUUUGACUGCGAGACCCAAACAGUUCACUUCAGACCAUUGAGAGAAGACACUGGAGGGGCUUCCGAGGGUUCCAAGAGAGCCACCCUAGCGACCCUGAACCUCAAGACGGUCAAGGGGGAACAGUACUCAGAGAAGGUAAAUACUGAAGAGUGGAACUUGGGAAGUCACUGGGAUUCUGUUUUUCUCUUGCCACAAUGUGGACCCAAAAAGACGGCCUACAGUCUCAUCCCCAACCUGACAGAUGUGGUUUUUAUCCCCCUAUAG